AUACGCGCAAGAAGGUUCACAGCCAAGUGGAAAACGGUAUUUGGGCUGCUUGCUAUUCUUGAGAACAACCCGAGCCUUUUGAAAGACCGCUAUUGGAUGAGUUUGCACUAGACGGCCUUGCCGGUCCUAGAAGUACAUCCACGACUCAAGUUGAUUUCGGCUUUGUAAGCACAUGGAACCGACCGGAGACUUAAGAAAGGCACAAAUGUCUCUUGGUUUGACCUUGAGCUAACGACAUCACGGAAACAACCAACCGAAAGAUCCGCCGGGCCUCACUAUACGCAGUGCAAUGUCUUCUCUCACAGGGGGCUCGUACCCCCCGGCUCUGGAUGAUGCUCUGGAAAGGGAGCGGCUGGUGCAAACCAUCAAGGACUGGACCAUCGCCCACGGCCUCGCCGUCCGGCCGCCGCCCGCAUUGGCAGGCAACGACGCCGAGGGCGUUCUGGCCAUGAGUGCGCCCGUCACUGUCUUUCCCAGCCCGUUUCCGAAGAGUUGCUUCGAGGAGGCCGUAGCUAUUCAGCCCAAGUACAACGAGCUGUACGCUCGCAUCAGCCAGGACGAGGAGUUUCUCGACGUUCUCGUGCAAGAGGUUGCUGGCGGAGAUGAGUUCAUUGCCAACCUGUGGGACGUCCACCGGCGGGUGAAGGAGGAAGGCUAUGUCCAAAACCUUUCGCUCGGUCUCUUUCGAUCUGACUAUAUGGUUCACCAAGAUGGUGAACACCUCCAGAUUAAGCAGGUCGAGUUCAACACGAUUGCCUCUUCAUUUGGCGGCCUGUCGGCGCAGACCACCUUGCUUCACAAACAUCUCGCCCGAACCGAGUAUCCGGCCCUGAAGAAGGUCAUCCCGCAGUCUUCGCUCAACCUACCCAGCAACGAAAGCUCAAAGGGCCUGGCAGCCGGCCUCUACGCCGCAUUCCAGGCCUACGGCAAAUCCGCCCUCGGCCAUCCAACCUGCGUCCUGUUCCUGGUCCAGGACGGCGAGCGCAACGUUUUCGACCAGCGCCACCUGGAGUACGCCCUGCAGUCGUCCGGUCCCGAACCGGUUCCCGUCUUCCGCCUGCCCUUCUCCCAGAUCCUCGCCCACACCUCUCUCGCCCCGUCUUCCCCAACAAAGCGCCAGCUCCUCUACCGGCCUCCGCACAACCCGGCCCUCGCCUUCGAAGUCGCCGUCGUCUACCUGCGCGCAGGCUACGGGCCCUCCGACUACCCUUCGCCCUCGGCAUGGGAAGCGCGCUACCAGAUCGAGCGCUCGGCAGCCAUCACCUGCCCCUCGGUCCUCACGCAGCUGGCCGGCAUGAAGAAGGUGCAGCAAGUCCUGGCCACGCCCGAGUCGGCAUCCUCCUCGCCAUCGCCGAACUCGGUCCUCCGGCGCUUCAUUCCCGACGACAACGAAGGGUCUGCCUCGGCCCUCUUCAAGACCUUCACCAACAUCUACCCGCUCGACAGCACGUCUGCCGCGGGGCGCGAGGCCCGCCGCCUCGCCACGGACCCGGAAGCGUGCAAGAAGUACGUCAUGAAGCCGCAGCGCGAGGGCGGCGGCAACAACUUCUAUCGCAGCGCCAUCCCGCAGCGGCUGCGGGAGAUCCCCGAGAGCCACUGGGGGUCGUAUAUCCUCAUGGAGCUCAUCACGCCGCCGCCGGUGGCGAAUACCAUCCUAAGGAACGGCAAGCUGGAGCAUGGCGGGGUGAUUUCCGAGCUGGGUGUCUAUGGCACGUGUCUGUGGGACCAGAAGACGGGUACGGUGCUGCAUAAUGCCGAGGCUGGGUACUUGUUGAGGACGAAGGGGGAUAAGAGUGAGGAAGGGGGUGUGGCUGCGGGGUAUGGGUGUAUGGAUUCUUGUCGGCUGGUGUAAGGGGCGUGGGAAUAAGGGGACGGCUGGCAAAGUAUGGUAUAUACUGUACUGUACAUACAUGGGGGAAUAGUCUUAGGUAGGGAGCUUAGAGGUGCAUUAUGGCGGCUAUUUGAAGUGGGAAGUAAAAAUAUAUUAUAGACUCUGCUUUAACGACGCGUACUAUCGUCUU